UUAAUUGACUCUAAGAAAACUCUUUCUUUCGUUCUUGUGCUCAACCUAGUACUGUGGUUCACCCCUCUCAUCUUCUUCAAAGCUCCGUUUUACAUUCUCUUGUACAAUAUUAAUUUCUUGAUCUCCUUAAAAAAUUGCAUCUAAAUUCUCUGUCAAAUUAAUUACACAUCAUAAGAAAAAUGUCAAGCCGAAGAUCAAGAUCAAGGCAAGCAGAAUCUUCAAGAAUCAGUGAAGAUCAAAUCAAUGAGCUUGUCUCCAAGUUGCAGCAGCUUCUUCCUGAGAUACAAACUAGGCAUUCAGACAAGAUGUCAGCAGCGAAAAUCUUGCAGGAAACAUGCAACUACAUUAGAAACUUACAUAGAGAGGUGGAUGGGUUAAGUGAGCGGCUGUCUGAAUUGUUGGAAACCUCAGACACAGCUCAAGCCGCUUUAAUCAGAAGCUUACUUAUGCAAUAGAUUUUACCUCUGUUUUUCCUUA